UUUGUCAUCAGCUCCUAUCAAUAAUGUCAUUCGCUGAUAAAUCGGCCCACCAGUGGCAAAACUGGAUGCAGUUGGAUUACCAGCUCGAAAAAUUUUAUGACUUUAAUAACAGGCCUGUUUGUGUGGGAAUUGAUGAGGCUGGCCGAGGACCAGUUUUAGGCCCUAUGGUAUAUGCGGCCACUUUCUGUGCAGUCGAGGACAAGAAUUUGGUUUCUCAAUAUGGAUAUCAAGAUUCCAAGCAGCUUACACCAAGCAAGAGAGAAAGUUUAUUUAAAACAUUGGAAUCUGGAAUUGUCAGAAUUGGCUACAUUAUUUCGGUCAUAACAGCAGAAGAAAUUUGCGGUCUCAUGACGAAUAAAGUGCCUACCAACUUGAACGAAAUUUCGCAUCAGGCUGCUAUGAAUCUAUUAAACAAGAUAGUUGAAAAUGGUUCGAAUGUGCAGGAGGUUUAUGUUGAUACAGUAGGUAAUCCAGAAAAAUACGCAUCAAAGAUAAGACAAUCUUUCCCAACGAUAAGCAACGUGGUUGUUUCAAAACGGGCUGAUGCACUUUAUUCGAUUGUUUCUUCCGCUAGUGUCUGUGCAAAGGUGGUUCGGGACCAAGUGUUGGAUCGCUGGACAUUUUCUGGAUCUGAGGCAUUAAACAAAGACCGAGAUUGGGGAUCUGGAUAUCCGAGCGACCCCAAGACAAAACUUUGGAUGAAACGGAACUUCAAUCCGAUAUUUGGGUUUCCUAAUGUUGUACGCUUUUCAUGGAAGCCCUGCAUGGAUAUGAUAGAUCAGUUGGCCGUUCCGGUGAAGUGGAGAGAUGAGAUAGAAUCGGACUGCACUGAGGCAACUUCGUCGAAAUGUUUUGAUCGCAAUACAGUCAAUAGAAAUGGAUUAGGGUCCAGAUUUUGUUUUUUCGCGAGAAAUGAUAUGGAAUUGGCCUGCGAUUUUUAAAGAACGCGCUGUAGGAGGGUGCAUCAUUAACGGAUGUUUAGAAUGUCUUUUUGCCUAGAUUGGUAUAUCCGGUUCCCAAGCAGGUCAAGAUGGAUGUUUUGCUCUCUGGAUCUGGCUCGAUUUUGAAUGUGACUCCAAAAAAUUGUUUGAUGUGCCUCAGAAAUUGUAUGGUCCACUGAGAAAGCUUUCCGAGUCUGAUCGUGCUCACAUCUGGAGCAAGAGCCAUCAAAAAGACCAUUGUACCCUGGUUGGUUGAAUCGACACAUCCCCUCCUGAGCAACUCCAUCAUGAAAAAAUUGGUUACUUGUUCCACAAACUCCUCUGGAACCUGACGAGAUUGAGCCAUCAUUUCGUAAGAUAAAAAACAUCCUGUUGUUGUUUCGGCUACGAGCAUCAGUCCAUAACCUGGAGAAUUCCCCCCAUCCUUUUCUCCAUUAAUGUCAGCAUAUAUAUAUAUGUCAGGACAAUACUCGCCCAGAAUUUCGCGGGACUUUUGAAUUAUUCGGUUUGACACAUGACCAGAAACUCUUGCAGUAUAAGCGACUCCCCGAAUUCUCCUAAUCUUGCCAUCGUCGAUCAGCCGGAUCGGUUUCAAGGUCUUCACAAUGGAGCAAACAAACCGCACUGCACCUCCACCUUUCGGAGGUGCACCUCGUUUGAGAACCUUUAUACUUGCCUCCUCGAUGGCGAAGUGCUUCAAAUUAUUCAGUGUGACGUGAUGAGCAGUGUCAACGGAAAUGUCCAGAUUAUCGCUAUGAUUGGUAAUCCCCUUCAGCAAAGCGUUAACUGGCGCCUUAGAGAAAGGCGCAAUGCAAAUCAAGCCCUCUAAAAAAUAUCCAAUCCCUCUUUCCGUCCCACAGUCAUGCUCAAUCUAGAGACAAAUAGAGUUGUUAGGGAAAGACGAGA